UCAGACGGGAGGAUACUGUAGCGCCAGUUUGACCUUUAUUGGAUUAUUUCAACCACUGGAGGCGACUCCAGCUGCUCUCACAUUUAUGUCAUAUCACCAGACAAGGUUUUUAUUAAUAUUCUCCCACCAGGUGUGAGCAGACUGCUGGUGAAGAUGGGAGGUAACGGCAGCACGUCUCGGAAAGUGUCGUUCGGACUCGACGAGAACGAGAAGGUCACGGUAAUAGAAGGAGUAAAGCUCUCAGAGGAGGUGCUCCGGAGGAUGAGGGAGUCUGAGGGGUCUGACAGCGCCAAGCCACCAAAUCCAAAACCAACAGGACCCUCCCCUACAGAAGUCCAGGAAGAAAUCCGCAAAAACUUUGAGCGUCAACAGGCUCAGGUUCAGGAGCAGUUGGCCAGACUAGCCCAGAAGGAGAGAGAGACUGCAGCAACCACGGGCCUGGUUGGGCUGACCCCUGCCCUCCUCGUCGAGAAAGGAAAAGCCCAUGAAGAUCAAGAAAAGGCCAAGAUACUGGCAAAACAGCUGACGAGGAAAGAGAAGGAACUGGCCAGCAUAUCCAGCUUCUAUAAAGAGCAACUAGAAAUACUGGAGAAAAAGAACCUUGACAACUACAAGCAGACAGCAGAACAGUACAACGAGGCAGCAACUAAAGCUGAGGCCCACAUCCGACCUCGACAGACUGCUUCUGUGUGCACUGAACUGCAGGCCAAGGUGCUCCAGUGCUACAGAGAAAAUCCACAGCAGACCCUGCACUGCUCCAGCCUGGCCAGACAGUACAUGACCUGUGUCCAGCAAUCCAAGAAGAGCUCACUGACAAAUCAUGGCUGAGAAUCCCAAAGAAAGGAGGAGGAGAAGAAGUCAAGAAGAAGAGAGCAUCAAAUCUUCCCAUUUCUCGCCUUCCUCUGUCCUUCUCCUAUCCAUCCAUUUAUUUAUCCACCAUCACUGAAUAACCCCCUCCGCUUUCCAACUCACCGUCCUUCUUGGUUUUUGAGUGUAUUAUCUUGACAUGUCACUCCAGAGUGUAUGAUGUGUUGAUUUAUUAUCAUGUUGCGGCGGCACACCCCUGCCAUCGCUGAAAUAAAUCCCAGUGGUCCGGUGGUGAUGAUACUGUGGGUUGUGUGUCUUGUGUUCGUGUGUGUGUGUGUGUGUGUGUGUGUGUGUGUGUGUGUGUGUGUGUGUGUGUGUGUGUGUGUGUGUGUGUGUGUGUGUGUGUGUGUGUGUGUGUGGUGCAGCUGUCUCUUGUCACGGCACGCUAAUAAUGCUUCCACUGCUGAAAAUGGGGUCGUGUGCACCCUUCUGACAAUGCUGUGCCAUACUCAUGGUUUCAUUAAGAGAGAGAAGGGAAAGGAGAGGGAAGGAAAUCAAGAAUAAAUAAAGUGGA